AUGACAUCGUACGAUAACGUGAACGGGUUCCUAGUUCCAAGCGAUGACGAGUUCCUUAUGAUGAAUGAUUCCUACGCAAAAAGAUUACGAACGUUCGAAGAUUGGCCUUUGCGAUCGUUUUUAGCGCCUCAUAUUUUAGCGGAAUGUGGAUUUUAUUACACCGAUUAUAUGGAUCGAGUCGAAUGUUCCGCGUGUUCAAUACGGCUACAGGACUGGGAAGAAAGCGACGCCGCCAACGUCUGGUUGAUACACGUUAAAGCGAAUCCAUUAUGUAACCAUUUAUUAUGCUACAAAGGACUUGAGUGGAUCAGAGAGCAAAUAAGUCGCCCGACGCCCGUAUCGUUCAGGCACGAUUGUAGAGGGAACAAUUACGAUGAGAUGUUCGACUUUAACUAUUGUAGCAGCGAUUUGAAAGUGUACGAGUUUUCACCUGUAUGCGUCAGAUGCCAACGCAACUAUUUGAGAUGCCGUUUCCUACCGUGUGGACACGAACCUUGUUGUAUCUAUUGUAGUCCUAAUGUACGAUGUUGUCCUGUAUGUAAAUGCCCAAUUAGCUUUAAAAUAAAUGUUACCGAAUCGUUGGAGAACGCAUUAACGAAGUAG